CGACUGACCUUAGACGUCCAAUUCAAGUUACCUGAACCAAAUGUGCGCGCGUUUCAACCGGCUUGCUAUUUUUUUGAAGACCUCUGUAUCGUUAUUUGUUAAUGUAAUGAAAGAUGUACCCUGUGUUACCUUAAAAUAGCUUAUCCCUCCAAAUUUUUUGUAUUUAUUUGCCAUAUCUUUGUGUCAUUGAGGUGUCAGUUUUCUUAUACGCUUCAUUUUACCUGAAAUUUAUGCAAUAGAUUUUUCUGCGUAAGUUUCUCUGAAGUCCUCAAAAUGGAUCGCAGUUUUCAAGGCAUGAGGGACGUAUCUCUCCAUGGAACUGCAGCUUGGCCAGCUUCAGGCAGACGAAAUGCCUUUGUCAUGCGCAACAAUCGUACUUCUAUUGCUGGUAGCUCGAGAAUGAGUGUUUCAGGACGUUCCUCUCAGUCAAUUCAAGUGAUAACAAGGACUAGAUUACAUGAUGUGAAAUUGUUCGGCUUGCCUUUACCAGUGUUAGUAACAGAGGCGCUCACUUUUGCUGAUAGAAGUACAGCAGUUAGUGCUCAUAUAUCCCCUGAUGGCUGGGCUUGGCUUGUUUGUGGCCGUCGGCUGUUAAUAUGGCAGUACAAACAAACUCCAGCAAUGGCACAACAACGUCGCCCUCCGAGCACACAGUGCCGAGAACUCACUUUGCCUGCAAGUGAACUUGCUCAUAGGGCUGAUUUGGUGUGGGUGUAUGCCAAAGAAGAUAGUGUGGUUCCCUCAUGCAUUGCAGUUUCACCUGAGGGCAGUGUACGGUAUUGGCCGAGUGUUGCCUAUGAAGGAACAUCUGUUGAAGACAGUACAGAUUUGCAAGGGCAGGAAUGUGACUCUCUCACAAGUAUUUCUUCAUUGGGAUGCAUCCUUGCAACCACUACAUCCACCAUUGUUAGAUUACAGCCUGAGGUUAUAAAUGGCCGUCAUUGUGUUACAUGCACCACAUUGAAACCACCUCAGAGUAUAUUGGGUGGUAUUGGGCGUCGAAUGUCAUCUCUCAUCUUUGGUUCUCUUCCCACAGCAGGUGGCACUGAAGCUAAACUUGUUAGGGUUGCAGCAGUUGAGAAAACUAGUUGUAACAAAGAGCAGACAGAAUUUAUUGUCUAUGUUCUCACUGAGCACACUCUUCAGAAAUGGUCUGUAACGCCGCAUGAUGUUGAGAGACUUAUAUGGGAAUGUGAAGUGGGGCGUAGGAUCAGGGAAGCUUUUCAAGAAAAAGUCUGGGAUCCCCAAGGUGGAAACCCAGAUGAACAGGAAUCCUGGCUGCUAGACAUGCAGCCUACGAGUGAUGGUGUGGCUAUUCUAGCUGCAUCUGUUCAUCCUCAAAUAUCUCAGAACAUGCAAUUUGCUAUUGCUACGCUCUCAACAGAUUUAGGUGUGCCCCCAACCCGAUUAAAGUCAUUUACACCUUUAAAAAAUGAAGUUGUUCCCCGUAAAACCGAACAGGAUCUUUCUCAGUAUCAACUUCUCAUUGCUGGACAUUCAGCUCUUGUCUUCAGUCAACGAAAUGUGUUAGUUUUUCCGCUCUCAAAUCUUUCAGAUGAACCUGACGCAAUAGAGUUCCGCAAUGAAGGAGAUCGAUUGCUUGGAGGUUCGGUGUGCGCCAACGUGCCUGUAUUUUUCUCCAAGUCUCAUGGUUUAGUAGCAAUUUCCCCAUUAGAUUACUCGCCUCAUGAUUUUAGCAGUCAAAAUGAUAGCAUUGCGUUUGGAGCUGAUGUAUCUGUGUCUGAAUGUGGGGAUACUUCUGUUCUUGAACAAGAUCUUGAAGAACUCACUACACAAACUCAAAACGUUGAUGCUCGCAUGAAAGCUGCUUUUUUAUAUCAUGUUAGUAAGAACCAAGCUCAAUGUGAGGCCUUGGUGAGAGAACUUUUCCCACGGAAUGAGAUACAAAUUUCUGAUAUUGACUCCCCCCUUGAUGUGGCUGUGGUAAAAGUGAGCCAAGAUCUCAUAGAUGAUAUUCCUGCGAGAGAUCCUCGUUGGGUUGAAAUGAAAACUUCCAACAUAAGUUUAUCCAGUUCAACCUCAUUACACAUUUUGAGACAAGUUGAGCAGAAGCAGCAUGCUCUUGACCUUUUCUUUAAUUUCCUUGUUGACCUUAAACUUUGGGAGAGACUCAGUGCUGUUGUCUCCUUCGGUGUUGUAAUGGCCACUACACAUGUGCUGGCUGAACAAGCAGAGAAGUUGGUAGCUGCAAUUGCCCUUCAUCAGCUUCAAAGUGAGCAUGGAACAUCGAUUGAAACAGCAAUUCGCCUUGCCCUGGAUUUGGAAAGAGAAAGGCCUACAGGGAAGCUGAAUGCAAAGGAUCUUUUCUACCGUAAGGUUUCAGGCAUCCAAAGGGCCAUUCAAGUCUUGGUCAAAUGGUCUGAAGACCAAGUGCACAGCGAGCGAUCUCCUGCUGAAGUUGCCAGGCAACUGUCAGAAAUUAAUGAAAUAAUUUUAGAGGUUGUGAGGCAAGUUAUUCAGUAUCGCCAGCAGAAAGAGGAAAUAUUUCAGCCGAACAAUCAUCUAGAGGUUGGACUUUGUGAAUAUCUCCCUUGGACAGCAUCUGCUGGACCAGGAGGACUGCGGGAUGCUCUACUAAAGCAGCAAUCCUUAACCCUCAAGUUUGGCGCUCGUAGCACUGGAGACCCUAAGCUCAAAGCAAAGUUGUAUGAUCAAGUACUGAACAUUAUAGACAUAAUUCUGGAUGGUAAAAAGUGCCACCUUGAAAGUGUUCGUGGCUCAAAUAAAUUCACUGUUCUUUUUGAACAGUAUCAAAAAGUGCGAUCUAACUUAAUUGAACCAUUUGUUGAGGACCGUGAAUAUGAACGUGCUGUGAUGCUUGCUGAGAAAUAUUACGAUUUCAAGACAUUAGUACAGAUUUGUGAAAUAACAAACAAUAGGGAGCGCCUUGAUGUUUACAUAGAAAAGUUCAAAGACCAAGACUUCUCUCAGUUCUUAUUCAGCUGGUACAUACAAGAGCAAAAACCUGGCCGUCUUCUAGAAACAUUCAGAGCUGGCAGUGGACUAAGUGCAGCUGCUCAAAAUGCCUCUCAACAGGCAGCUUUGAAGAGAUUUCUUGGGGAUCAUCCAUCUUUAUCAUGGCUGCAACAUGUUUUUUUAAAUGACUUCCAGACUGCCUCAGACACAUUAUCAAACCUAGCGCAACAAGAAACUGAGCUCUUGAGGCGAAAGAAGUCUAUGCUCUCACUAGCCAAACUGGCUCUCCUAGCAUCUGGUGAAACUGAAGCAAGGUCAGAUCAAAGGGCACUGCUUGAUGCAGAACUCGAUCUUGUUGCUCACCAAGAAGAUUUACCAGAAUCUGUACUUGUUGCCCAUGGUUAUGAUAUUGAUACGCUUCAUGUCCUUCCUCCAGGAGAAUUAAUUCAGCUCUUAAUUUGUAAUGAAAACCAAUCUGCUGAUGAGUAUACUUUUAAGAAAGCCUUGGAUCUUUUGAAAUAUGAAGAAAAUCAAAAGUCUGAGCUCAGACUUAAAAUUUGGUGCCAGGCAAUUUUACGAGACACUUGGCUUGAGGCUGAUGCAGACAUCCCAUUAAAUGUUGUUCAGAAGACAGUCUUUUACAAAUUAGUUGCUUUGAUAGUUUUCAUGGAUAUUACUGGCCAGUCUCUUAAGGAAUUGGUGCCAUCCAAAGACAGACUACUAGAUGCCAUUGAACUGGAAAAGCUGCCUGAUUACGAGUCAUUUAAAUACCUCAUCUCAAUAGCUUAUGAACAUUUUGAAAUUGCUCUCGCAGAAUGAUUUUUAAAACUCUUAGCUCACAAACUGGCUCACUGUGAAUUAUGUUUUUAUUAAUUGUAUUAUAGUUUUGUAAAUAAUAUAAUAUUGAGCUAGCCUGUGUGGUGCCUCUAAA